AUGAUGUCUCGUGUGUUGUGUUUGCUCGCAUUGGUGUUGAGUGUUCUCUCUUUGUGUGUGACAGCUGAGGUGGGUUCUGAAACUCUUGCAGUUGAUCCUGCUGGUGGUACUUGUGCUAAAGGUGCUGAUCCACCUCCUGAUGGUCAAACUUGUACACCUGCCCCUUCUGCUGGUGCCCGACCUCCACCUCCGGGUCCACCACCACCACCUGGUCCUCCUCCUCCUCCUGAUGGUGAGGGUACUUGUGCUUCAGGUACUACUUGUAAUACCGGCCGUAGUGAUUCUGAUUCUUCUCGUACUGAUUGUGAGACGUCUACUGGGUCGGAAACUUGCAUUCCUAAGGAAACUAAGAAGGAAGACAGUUGCAGUGGUGGAUCUAGUGAUGCACAUUGUCCACUACCACCGGAGGAACCGGUUCGAAGUAUAAAUAAUCCUCAAGGAGAUGGCCAGGUACUUGGUAAACCAGAUCCAAUUGGUGGGUCUGGUGACCAAAGAGAAUCUGUGGUGGAUGCUGCUGAACCUAGUGGUGGUGCUUCUUCUUCUUCUUCUGAACCUCCUUCAGCUACUGGUCCUGCUCUUACUCCUACUCUUCAAACUCCUCAACCUCCUGAGGGGAGUGCUGUUGAGUCUUCAGUUGAUGGCCAACCUGGAAGCAACGGCAACAAUACACCACGUGAGGGUGGAAAUGGAGAUAACAAUGAAACUGCGGCAACACAACCUUCUGCUGACUCUUCUAACACUUCCGCCACAGUGAGUGGUGAUGGUUCUGAUACUGCAACACCUGGGAAUGACAAUACAUCUGCAGGAACUGGGUCAACAAGUAACCAAGAAGGUGAUGUGGGUAAUACAACCACCACCACCACCACCACAACAACAACAACAACAAGAACAACACUUCCUCCUGAACUCACAAACAACAAGAAGGGUGAUGCAGACAGCAGCAGCAGUAUCAGCAGUUCUGUGUGGGUGCGUGUACCACUACUGAUUGUGGUUACACUGGCCUGUAUUCUUGUGGGCUGA